CCGCAUCCGUCAGAGCCAGGAGUGUGAAAGAAAGGCCGGAGCAAAAAGUUAAGAUCAUCUUUCAACUUGUUUUCUCGGGACUUAAGAUGAGGGAGGAGGCUGCGAUCUCCGAGGGUGGAUCUGCGAUUUAAAACAAAAACAAAAACCCAGCCGACAGAGAAGCCGGUUUUAAGGGACCGAUUCUCGACGGCCGGACGAAGAAGCCAGCCGAGUGAGAGGUCGCAUAUAAAACAGAAGAAUAACCAGAGUUGGAAGGGACCUUGGAGGUCUUCUAGUCCAACCCCUGCUCGAACAGGAGAUGCCAUUUCAGACAAAUCGCCUGUCCAAUCUUUUCUAAAGGGCAAGGAAGCGAAACGCGUCUCGCCAGCCCGAGGGCGCUUCUUCCCAGAGCGCUUAAGGGGUCGCUGGCGUGGCACUUCAUUGCCAAGAGCCAACUUGGCUCGGCGUCUUACAACCGCCCACUUGGCAGGAGGGCGGCGGCGGCGGCGGCAGCCCGCUUUUUCCCACCCUAGCGCGGGGCAGCUUUGCAGAAGGAGCAAGCUCAGCUCCAGCCCCAGGAGGAGGAGGAGGAGGAGGAGCGGAGGAAUCAGGCAAGGCCGAUCCACCCGCCCUUAACGGUAUCCUCUCCCCAGCCAGAGUUCCGCCGGCCGCGCUAAGCUGAGCAGCAAAGGCGGCCGCCGCGGUAAGAGAACCGCGGCUCGGCCUCCGCCGCCGCUGCUGAGCGUGCGCAAGUCCUUCUCGCGCAUGCUCCCUGCGCUCGGACCUGCAAAUUCUGAAGGAUAACAGAUUCUGAAACAUCCGACGGGCGGACUUACCCGGCCGCCCCGUGGCGACGGCAGCGCUCGCCCAGCCCCGGACUGAGCGGGGCCCCCCCGCCACCGCCACCACCACAAUCAUGUCGCCUAAGCCAAGGACGCCGGGUCGCUGAAGAGCCAUGGGCGAGCGGUCCAUUCCGGCUGGCCGGGGGACCCAGCUCAUCUCCUUGCUGGUGCUGGAGCAGCGCGCCCAGGAGGUCACCUUAGACCGGGAGCUGGGGCUCUUGGCGUGGCGGAGCUUGGAGCCGCAGCCGCGCAGGGGGCGAGAGAACUAUGCUGUGCCCAUUUCUGAAAUCAUUGCUGUUGAAGAGAAAGAAAGGGAGGAGAAACAGCCUCAACCUGGAAGAUGGCAGAAAAUGACAAAGCCUCAUGCAUUCACCGUGUAUUACAUAAAGAGGGCACGGCAUCACCGCUGGCGGUGCAGCGAAGUGACUUUCUGGUGCAUUGACGAACAUCUGUGUAAUCAAUGGAUAUGUACACUGAAAGAACUACUUGAUUUACAGACCUCCAGACCAAAGCGCUUGCUUGUAUAUAUUAAUCCACACAGUGGAAAAUCACAAGGAGAAAAAAUAUACGAACAAAAAGUGGCUCCGUUGUUUAGUCUGGCUUCCAUCUCUACGGAUGUUAUAGUCACCGAACAUGCCAAUCAUGCUAAGGAUAACUUACUUGAAAUUCAUCUAGAAAAAUACGAUGGUGUUGUUUGUGUUGGUGGGGACGGAAUGUUCAGUGAAGUGAUACAUGGUCUAAUUGGAAGAUCUCAGAAGGAUUCGGGCAUAGAUCAAAAUAAUCCCAAAGCACAAUUAGUCCAGUGCUGUCUCAGGAUUGGCAUAAUCCCUGCUGGUUCAACCGAUUGCAUAUGCUAUGCAACAGUUGGCAUCAAUGAUCCAGUAACAUCUGCAUUACAUAUCAUUGUGGGAGAUAAUCAACCUCUGGACGUUUGUUCAGUACAUCGCAAUAAUACAUUUCUGAAAUAUUGUGUAUCAUUACUGGGAUAUGGUUUUUAUGGAGAUGUAUUAAAAGACAGUGAACAGAAACGCUGGAUGGGCCCUGCCAGAUAUGACUUCUCAGGUCUCAAGACUUUCCUCUCACAUCAUUACUAUGAGGGGACAGUGUCUUUCUUACCAGCCACACAGGCCGUGGGGUCUCCAAGAGAUAAGAAACCCUGCAGAACUGGGUGCCGGAUUUGCAAGAAAAGUAAACUACAGCUGGAGAAAGAUCAGCAGAAGACGGAAAAGGAGAUUAAAAGGGAUGAGGAAGGAGAAUGGAAAGUCAUUCGAGGGAAGUUUCUAGCCAUCAAUGCUGUGAACAUUAGCUGUGCCUGUCCACGGAGUCCUAAAGGCCUUUCACCAGCUGCACACCUGGCAGAUGGCUCUGCAGACCUCAUUCUAGUUCGUAAAUGUUCCCGGCUAAACUUUCUAAGAUACCUCUUAAGGCAUACAAACCAACAUGAUCAGUUUGAUUUCAGCUUUGUAGAGGUUUACCGGAUUAAAAAGUUUCGUUUUACAUCAAAGCAUUUUGAUGACGGUGACAAUGAUAACCAGGGUAUGCGGAAAAAACACUUUGGUCAGUUCUGUAGAGACCACCCAGCCUGCUGCUGCCUCCCACCCAGCAGCACCUGGAACUGUGAUGGAGAGACCCUGGAUUGUUCAACUAUUGAAGUCAAAGUUCACUGCCAAUUAAUUAAACUCUUUGCAAGAGGAAUAGAAAAGAAUCACAAACCUGAAUCACCUUACAAGCAACUUACCUGAGCAAUUAAUUAAAGUCAACACUGCAAGAACAUGAAAGAAAAAAAGCAACAUACAGACAAGCAUUUCUGGCAUGUUAAUAAAUGUUUUUAAACUUUAUUUUUCUGGUAAAAUUUUAAUUUUGGAUAUUAACUUUUCAGUUAAUGUCUUCAAAGAAAGUGGAUUGUUUUAAAUUAUUUUAUGGUAAGACAGGGAAGAUGAUUUUUGACUUGUAUUUCCUUUCUUUUGUUAUGAAUGGAUUCUGUUUUCUCUGCUAUGUUUCUAAGCUGGAUGCUCUUUCUCUUAGUUCAGGAUAAAAAAUCAGAUUAUUAUUGUUAUGGCCCAUCACACAGUUAGCUCAAUGUUCUGACUGGAUUUGCAUUUUUGUCCACCUAUCAACUCUUCCCAAGGACCUGGGAUAGGCAGAUGUGGAUGUUUGAUAUAGGUAUUUAGAGGUAUUGUCACAGGAUGUAAGCUGUUCUGAGCAAAGCUGCUUUUUGCAAUUGACUGAUUAUUGUCUGUUCACAACAAUGUGCAGUCAGUUGCCAGCUCUUUAGUUGACGCUUCAUAUUGAGUCCUUCUGCUGUUCCUUAUUAUUUAGGCCUAGAAGUGUAGAACUAGAGAGACAGUUAUCUUCAUCUUCUUAAAAUAUAGUAUCAAGAGUGGAUUGGUGAAAGAGAAAUGGAAAAAAGUACAAUUCUUCUCCAGCCUGCUCAAUUGCCUAUUCAAUCCAGUGGUGGGCUGUAACCGGUUUAACAACUGGUUCAGUGAGCGUGCGCUUUGCGCACACGCGCAGCCUUCCAAAACCACCCAUUUUAAGCUUUAAAACUUACCUUCUAUGUCAGCACUGGUGAAUAA